AUGAAACUCAAGGGAUUCAAGGAUUUCAGGAUUGCCUUCUGGAAGUGCUUAAUUGAGUACUUCGAGACGAGCAAUCUGCACGGCUAUCGCGAGUUUGUGAAUGGAGACACUUUCUGGAUUCGCAGGAUUGUGUGCAUUUGGAUGCCCAUCUUCUGCACCGCCUGGGGAAUUCAACUGGUUCUGCACGAGUACAACUUCUUCGUUUCCCAUCCCAUGAUCACAACACUCAUCUCCAAUCAAUAUCCGGCCAGGAAUUUCCCCUUUCCCGCUGUGGCAAUUUGCCCGAACAACAAAAUCAGCAAGACGAAGGCUUGGAAAUAUGCCCAGGAAUUGCACAAUAGCUCGAAUGGGAUUCAGUCUGUGGAGUUUAUUUUUCAGAAGCUGAAGUACUUUGGCCACCUAAUCGACGCCCUGGAUCCCAAUCCUGCGGACGCCGUUUGGUUGCAGGAGUUCGUGGACAACUACGACGAUCCCGAUCCCGCGAAGUGGAUAGACACCAGGGAUGUGAUGAAACGCCUGAUGCCGGACUGCGAGAACAUCCUGUUGCAGUGCAUAUACGAGGAGGAGAUCGUAAAUUGCAAGAAGAUCUUCACCAGACGUCGUCUGAUUGAGGGCUAUUGCUGCUCCUUCAACUACCUUCGCGAGACGGACGACUUCAAGACCACGCAGAAGAUGAUCUAUCCCAAACUGACAGGGAUUGGCAAGGGAUUGACUGUGGUCAUCAACGCCUCGACUGACGACUACCACUUUCCACUCCUCAGCAAUGAUGGCUUCAAUAUUCACAUCUUCUAUCCGCACGACUAUCCAGAUCCCUCGGCAGGACUCAUAAUCAAGCGAUUCGUGGCGCCGCUCAUGGAAUCCUUCAUCCAACUGAGAGUGAUCAUCGUAAAGGCAUUGCAGAAAGUGCGCUUCUUCUCUGAAAAUCAGCGUGGAUGUCGGUUCCCGGAGGAUCUGGCCAAGGAGUACAACAUGUACUACAGCUACAGCGAUUGCCUGGUCAGAUGCAAGAUUCACAGCGCAGCCACACUCUGUGGCUGCGUUCCUUUCUUCCUGCCACGGAACUUUCAGGAUCUCGCCGUUGUCACCACUCCCAUGUGCAGUCUCAACCAUCUGCCCUGCCUGGAGAAGUACAGGAUUAAGGUCAAGAUCUACCGCCCUCGAGUGCCAGUGCCGGGACUGGAGCGAGAAAUGGAGGACUCUCUGGAUUGUCGCGAUUGCCUGCCACUCUGCUCCUACGUGCGUUACGGCGUCGAUCAGACGAAUUCCUACAUCUCCAUGGACCCCAAUGAGCGUCCCAGCAAUGGCAUCUUCGAGAAGUACAUCAACCAGACGAAUGUGUCCAUUGUGAACGUGUACUUUGCCAACUCCGACUCUGUUCUCUACCAUCAGACGGUCAGGAACUCUUGGUAUGGACUGUUGAGCAAUCUGGGCGGAACUCUCGGUCUCUGCGUGGGAUUCUCCCUCGUGUCCAUCCUCGAGUUCCUCUACCACAUCACCUUCCGCGUGUACAGAGAGCUGUAUCCCAAGGAAGCGGUGCUGAAGACGCACGAGAGGAUGACCUAUGGUGAGAUCGAGAGAAUCCUCAACAGACAGCUGAGACAGAGUGAGCAGGAAGUGAAAUAUCGCGUUGCACAGCCUCUCAAUGACGGUCACAACAACGCCUGGCUCGUUGUCGCCGUCAUCUUCAUACUCCUGUUCCUGCUCAUGACAGGCCUGUGCAUUUACCUCUGCUACAUGCGCCGGAAGCGCGUCCAGGAGAUCUACGACGCCCAGCACCAGUACGCGGCCAAGAUCCGCCAGCAGGAGUACCUCCAGAGGACCGGCUACAUAUAG